AUGCCUUCUGCAACAUCGCCUUUCGAACCAGUCGCGGCAGUAUGGACGUCCACUGAAGGAUCAAUGGCUCAGCAGACAGCCAUUACACGUUGGCCGAACAUCGUCCAAGGGAUGAUUGAUGAUGUCGAGAAGACAGCCGCUACCGCCGGGCCAUUACAACAAGACACAGCCAGAACAAUCGUCCUGUGCUUGUCCAAGAUGAAAAACGAGAUAGUAAAGGAUCAGGCUAUGAGCCCUUUAAAUACUGCAUAUGGCCGUGAUAUCGGAGGCUUCAACACAUUGCUUGCUGAGGGUCAAAACUAUACUUGGCACGCUUCUCCGUGGCUGUUUGCCGAAUGCUACAUGUAUCGAAGAGUUGCGACAAUCUUCGCCGCCUCUUCCGACCCAUUCUGGCAAAAGUAUGAUGUUUUCAAGCGACAAAAGGAUGAGACCUUUGCGAAAUCUCGAAAUGCCGUCGAGGAACUAGCAAUGCGCUACAUCAACGUCACUGAUAAAGUCGAAUUCGCAUCAUCGCCCAAUUGGACCGAGGAGGAGAAAAUGCUUUUCCUCGAGAUGACUCAAGUCGCCCUCUGGGGUAAUGCGACAGAUCUCUCUUUGCUUAGUAACCUCAGCCUUGACCAAAUUCAAGGCCUGCAAGGUGCAGAGGCCAUCUUGAAGAGUCGAAAAAAUAUUGUUGACGAUGAUACUGAGGAUGUGUGGAAAUACCUUUCCAGCACUCCAAGCGCAGACCGACGUAUCGAUAUUGUUCUGGACAAUGCCGGCUUCGAGUUUUUUACAGACGUCGUCUAUGCUGCGUAUCUCCUUCGAUCGGGCAUUGCUCAAUGCAUCAAGUUUCAUGUGAAGGACAUGCCUUGGUUUGUGAGUGACGCCACGCCGGACGAUGUGGAUUCACUGUUCCAGCACCUGGAUAACCACGAGAUCUUCCCUGACCGAAGGUAUCUCGAUCCACUAGUACGGCAACUUCGUGAGUACUUUGAGACUGGCAAGAUGAGCAUUCGACAACAUCCGUUCUGGACCACGGCCCACUCUUUCCAUGUCAUGGAAACCGAAGGUGCUGGGAUCUUCAGAUCGCUGUGCUCUAGCUCGCUGGUAAUCUUCAAGGGCGAUCUCAACUAUCGUAAGCUCACCCGAGAUGGCUUGUGGCCUCACACAACCCCCUUUGCGGAAGCGAUCGGGCCACUAGGCAAGGGCAGUGGGCUGAAAAUCCUGGCUCUACGGACGAACAAAGCCGAUGUCUGUGUGGGACUAGAGUCUGAGGAACACGUUGCGCGAUUGGAGCAUGAAGCACCAGGCAGUGCAUGGGUUAGGAAUGGCAAGUAUGCUGUCAUCUCUUUCAGCGACGGACGGUAG